CCCCCGGAGCCGACGCCAGCGCGCCCGGGGCUGGGGCUGAGCCCCCUCCCCCAGCGCCGCGCCGCGGGCCCGGGGGCGGGGAGAUCGCGCGCCCCCAGCCCCCCUCCCCACCCGGGAUGCCCGGCUGAGCGGCCCGGCCGGGACAGGUGCGCGCACGGACCCCCCACCCGCGCCCUCCCGCCCUCGCGCCUCCCGCCCGCGCACUCGCGGCGGCCGCGGCUCCGAGGUGUCACCUGCCCGACCCUCGCCAUGUGGACCUGGAGAGCGUCCCCUCCCCGCCUGGCCCUGCUGCUCUUGCUGCUGCUGCUGGGGGGCGCCCACGGCCUCUUCCCCGAAGAGCCGCCACCGCUCAGCGUGGCUCCCAGGGACUAUCUGAACCACUAUCCUGUGUUCGUGGGCAGCGGACCUGGACGCCUGGCCCCCGUAGAGGGCGCUGACGACCUCAACAUCCAGCGGGUCCUGCGGGUCAACAGGACGUUGUUCAUUGGGGACAGGGACAACCUGUACCGCGUGGAGCUGGAGCCCCCCACGUCCUCGGACCUGCGGUACCAGCGGAAGCUGACUUGGCGCUCCAACCCCAGUGACAUAGACGUGUGUCGCAUGAAAGGCAAGCAGGAGGGCGAGUGUCGAAACUUCGUAAAGGUGCUGCUGCUUCGGGACGAGUCCACGCUCUUCGUGUGCGGCUCCAACGCCUUCAACCCGGUGUGCGCCAACUACAGCAUGGACACACUGCAGCCUCUUGGGGACAACAUCAGUGGCAUGGCCCGCUGUCCAUAUGACCCCAAACAUGCCAAUGUCGCCCUCUUCUCUGACGGAAUGCUCUUCACAGCCACAGUUACUGACUUCCUAGCCAUCGACGCCGUCAUCUACCGCAGUCUGGGGGACCGGCCCACCCUGCGCACCGUGAAACACGACUCCAAGUGGUUCAAAGAGCCCUACUUCGUCCACGCGGUGGAGUGGGGCAGCCAUGUCUACUUCUUCUUCCGGGAGAUUGCGAUGGAGUUUAACUACCUGGAGAAGGUGGUGGUGUCGCGCGUGGCCCGCGUGUGCAAGAACGAUGUGGGUGGCUCCCCACGCGUGCUGGAGAAGCAGUGGACGUCCUUCCUGAAGGCGCGGCUCAACUGCUCUGUGCCCGGGGACUCCCACUUCUAUUUUAACGUGCUGCAGGCUGUCACCAGUGUGGUCAGCCUGGGGGGCCGGCCUGUGAUCCUUGCCGUCUUCUCCACCCCCAGCAACAGCAUCCCUGGCUCGGCCGUCUGUGCCUUCGACAUGACACAAGUGGCUGCCGUGUUUGAAGGCCGCUUCCGUGAGCAGAAGUCCUCUGAUUCCAUCUGGACACCGGUGCCAGAGGAUCAGGUGCCGCGGCCCCGGCCCGGAUGCUGUGCGUCUCCCGGCAUGCAGUAUAACGCCUCCAGCGCCUUGCCCGAUGAGAUCCUCAGCUUCAUUAAGACUCACCCCCUGAUGGACGAGGCGGUGCCCUCGCUGGGCCACGUGCCCUGGAUCGUGCGGACCCUGAUGCGGUAUCAGUUGACCCGAGUGGCCGUGGAUGUGGGCGCUGGCCCCUGGGGCAACCAGACCGUCGUCUUCCUGGGUUCCGAGGCGGGCACCGUGCUCAAGUUCCUCGUCCAGCCCAAUGCCAGUAUCUCGGGGACUGCCGGUCCCAGUGUCUUCCUGGAGGAGUUUGAGACCUACCGCCCAGACAGGUGUGGACGCCCCGGUGGAGGUGGUGAGACGGGGCAGCGGCUGCUGAGCCUGGAGCUGGAUGUGGCCUCGGGUGGCCUGCUGGCGGCCUUCCCCCGCUGCGUGGUCCGUGUGCCCGUGGCCCGCUGCCAGCAGUACUCGGGGUGUAUGAAGAAGUGUAUUGGCAGCCAGGACCCCUACUGCGGGUGGGCCCCGGACGGCUCCUGCAUCUUCCUCAGCCCUGGCACCAGAGUCAGCUUUGAGCAGGACGUGUCCGGGGCCAGCACCUCAGGCCUAGGGGACUGCACAGGGCUCCUGCGGGCCAGCCUCUCCGAGGAGCGUGCGGGGCUGGUGUCAGUGAACUUGCUGGUGACAUCGUCGGUGGCGGCCUUCGUGGUGGGCGCCGUGGUGUCCGGGUUCAGCGUGGGCUGGUUCGUGGGCCUCCGGGAGCGGCGUGAGCUGGCCCGCCGCAAGGACAAGGAGGCCAUCCUGGCCCACGGAGGUGGAGAGGCCGUGCUGAGCGUGAGCCGGCUCGGCGAGCGCCGGGGGGGCGGCCCCGGGGGCCGGGGUGGGGGUGGCGGCGGGGCCGGGGGUCCCCCCGAGGCCCUGCUGGCGCCCCUGAUGCAGAACGGGUGGGCCAAGGCCACGCUGCUGCAGGGCGCCCCUCACGACCUGGACUCGGGGCUGCUGCCCACGCCGGAGCAGACGCCACUGCCGCAGAAGCGCCUGCCCACCCCGCAUCCCCACCCUCACGCCCUCGCCCCCCGCGCCUGGGACCACGGCCACCCCCUGCUGUCCGCCUCCGCCUCGUCGUCUCUCCUGCUGCUGGCCCCCACCCGGGCCCCCGAGCAGCCCCCCGUGCCGGGCGAGCUGGCCCCCGACGCCCACCACUACGCUGCCCGGCCCGGCCGAGCCUCCCACGGCGACUUUCCACUCACCCCCCACCCCAGCCCAGAUCGCCGGCGGGUGGUGUCAGCACCCACGGGCCCCUUGGACCCAACGACAGCCGCCGAUGGCCUCCCCCGGCCCUGGAGCCCACCCCCGACGGGCAGCCUCCGGAGGCCGGGUCCCCACGCCCCGCCGGCCACCGCCCUGCGCCGCACGCACACGUUCAACAGCGGUGAGGGCAGGCCCGGUGACCGUCACCGCGGCUGCCAUGCCCGACCGAGCACGGACUUGGCCCACCUCCUCCCCUAUGGGGGGGCGGACAGGACUGCACCCCCGGUACCCUAAGCCGGGGCCCCCCCGACGCCUUGGCAGUGCCAGCCGCGGGAACCAGGAGCGAGAGACGGCGCCAGGACGCCAGGCCCGGGCCAGCUCCGAGUGGGUGCUCAAGACCCCCACCCUGCCCGCGUGGGGGGCCCCCUCCACCACACGGAAGCACAAGGAGCUCACCCUCCCCGCAGCCGGGGCCCGCAGGACACUGAGACAGUUUGGGGGUGGGCGGGCGGGAGGAAUUUGCUACGGAUUUGCGGUUGACCUUAUGCGCGUAGAUUUGGGUUUUUUUGCAGUUUUGGGUUUCUUUUGCAGUUUUCUAACCAAUUGCACAACUCCGUUCUCGAGCUGGUGGCUGGGGGGCUUUGCAGUGGGGAGAGGAGAGGGGCCUCAGCUGCAGACCCAAGCCCCCAGCCCCGACCCCCCUCGAAUGGUUCCCUCCUCAACCCAGGCUCCUGGCGUGUGUGGGUGUGUGUGCGUGUGCAUGCCGUGUUCGUGUGCAAGGGGCCCGGGAGGGAGGCGUACGUGUGCAUGCCCGUGAGGGCUGCUGGUGGCGUGUGCGGCGGCGUGGGCCACACGUGGGGUGUGUGUGUCUCAGUGACAGCGUGGCGGCCCCAGCAGCCUGGGCGUCGGCUGAGCCAACGCUGGAGCUUCCAGAAGGCCAGGGGCUUCCAAGAUGCCGGUUAGGACUCUGAACCCCACCUCUAUAGAGGGCAGGGGGACAAUGCCGGGGUUUCAGGCAGGGAGACAGAUGGGGAGAGCCUGUCCAGAAGUGACAUUGGCAGCAGCUGUCUAAAGGGCUCCGGGGUCUGGGGGGCGGUGAAGGCGGGUGGGCCCCCUGUAAAUACGGCCCCAGGGUGGUCGGAGAUUCCCAUGCCACCCGUUCCUUUGUGACCUCCUCCCUUUGACCACCAGCUGAUCAUGCAUGCCACGUGGCCAGCUGAGUCCUGGACCCUCUCUGGAGUUUGCCUUCCCCGGCCCCCUCCCUAUCAAUAAAACUCUGUUUACAACCACCGGC